GCUUUAUUGCCGCCAUUUCACGUGAAAAGCAGCGCGGUAGGAGCGACGUGAAGGGCCAAACAGGCAGAGACGAGAAAAUGAGCUACGGAAGGCCGCCGCCAGACGUGGAGGGGAUGACCUCCCUGAAAGUGGACAACCUGACGUACCGAACUUCGCCGGAGACUCUGCGCCGAGUUUUCGAGAAGUACGGCCGCGUGGGAGACGUCUACAUCCCCCGGGACAGGUACACCAAGGAGAGCCGCGGCUUCGCCUUCGUGCGGUUCCUCGACAAGCGCGACGCCGAGGACGCAAUGGACGCCAUGGACGGCGCGCUGCUCGACGGGCGGGAGCUGCGGGUUCAGAUGGCCCGCUACGGAAGACCGCCGGACUCCAUGUACAGCCGGAGAGGAGCUGCGCCGCGCAGAUACGGAGGCCGCUCAGCCAGCCCCCGCCGUCGCAGACGAAGCCGCAGCCGCUCCAGGAGCAGAAGCCGGUCCCGAUCCAGGAGCCGCCACCACUACAGCCGCUCCAGGUCCCGCUCCUACUCCAGAUCCAGGUCGAGGUCCAGGUCCAAGUCUAAGUCCAAGUCCAGAACCCCAAGACGAAGCAAGUCAAAGUCUCCUUCCAGGUCUCGGUCCCGCUCCAGGUCCAAGUCGAGGAGUAGAACCCCGCCUUCCAACAGAGGGUCCAAGUCCAGAUCCAGGUCCAAAUCCAAGAGUAGACCUAAAUCGCCAGAGGACAACGGAGCAGAGUGUUAACCCAAACUUGGACACAACAUGAUGAUCUCAGAUGAUUGAGCCUUUGCUGAGGACAUCAGGAACAGUCUCACAUUGAGCGAGUGGACUCCACUAUUACCACUGAACGCAGACUGAAAGGUUAUUGGAGCUUGGUCUAAAAUGUUUUAAAUGUUUAAUUUGACUUAAUCCGCCUAAACAAAUCCUGUAACUUUGACAUGGUCGUUUGUAAAGCUGAGCAUAUUGAAAGGGUAUUUUUUUGUCCCAUUUAAAUUUUUUUUAAUUUUGCCAUUUUGAUUGAAUUUGUACUUGUUAAUAAAUUCUUCUGAAUUAAAAGUAGAUUCCUUUCAGUGAAAUAUCUCAUUUAGCACUCUUUCCAGUCGGAUGUGAAAGAGUUUUAUUUGCAAAGUCGAUGUAGAAGAGGCCGUCACGUUUGAUGUUCAGAGCAGUUAUGUUAUACCACUCUUACAGAGGAAAAAAUGGCUUAAUGUACAGUAUCAUACAAGCGACUGAAUUUGUGAUCGCUAAUCCAGCAGCAUAGUAUUUUUCUUUUUCUGUCAAAUCUUAUUUUUUUCUGUCUGGUUAAAGUUGCUUUCCUAUGACUCUAACCCUCUUUCUUGUGUAUCUUUUGUGCACUAGGCGCAGUUGUGUAGCAGUUGAGUAAUGCUGGUUAGCUGUUAAGAUGCGGUGCAGUGCGGUGGUGACAUGGUGUGGCGUGUUGCGGUGCUGAGUGCCCGGCGCUGUUCCGGGGCUCGACCCUCCGCUGCCGUUUGCCGGUUUGUAAGCUCACAGGUGUGGCAGAUCAUCCAUCCUCUCCUGUCUUGUGACCUCUCCUUCCCUCCAUGUGCUGUACAGAUUCUCUUCCCCCUCUCCUUCCUUUUCUCUUUAUUCUCCCUCCUCUCCCCCUCCCUCCCUCCCCUCCCCUCCCAACCUUCUGUGGUUUAUCCACUGUUGAUAAUUGGUCUUGCUCGCUUUGAAAUUGGGUCCAGAGCGACCCCCAGUGAAGGGUUUAAAAAGGCAGUUCUGGCUGCUUAAUGAAUAUUUUUUUGUGUAUUGCAUUCCUCUGUGAACCUCUCAGAUGUCUUGUAAUUGCUUCAGGUGAAUGCUAAUAAACAUCUUUGUUCUAAA